AUGACCUCAAUCGACAAUAUUGCUAAUUUCCCCUGUACAGCUAAGCGUCGACGUUGCGAGAAUAACGGAGACGAAUCGAAUCACCAGGCGAAACGUCCAAGACGCAGACUAGCACAAUACGCCGAGGCAAGAAGCAAACCUCCAGACAAAGAGGAGUCCAUUGAAAAUUGGUUGGAAGGGUCUUCCUGGUCUCGCAGGGCCUCAACAGAGCAUCAAACCCAUCUGCCCGAGACAGUGAUCAAGAUGCACCGCAAAGCCGCCGGCACCGUCCUUCCAUCCCCAGGCAAUAGCUUUGAAAGCACCACAUCGUCGUCGAGAAGGUCAGAGAAAUUUACUGCCAGUGUGCAUGACACCGAAUAUCGACAAUCAUUGCGCUAUCGCAACAUUUACAUCGAACGAGAAAAUCCUCCUCCAGAGUUGAUGAGAAGGGCACAGCGGAUAAUAUCACGCUCCCGAGUCUCACCUGAGAUCGACGAUGCCACCAUUGAAGAGCUGAAAAGGACAUCUCGAAGACUUCAAGAUGAUACCGAGGAUAUGAUCAUUAAGCAGUUGGAAGUGAAUGCCGAUCAACUGUGGUGCAAUGCUGUCCCUGUCUCACUCAACGCUAACGUACUUACCACGCCCCUUCCCUUGCCAAAACCAAAACCUGAUUUAGCUUUCGGAUAUUCCCAAGCUGCCUUUACUGAAAAACAGCUUAUGACCAUUGAUCUUCUCGUUGACGACCAGUUCGGUCGAAGUUACGCUAUCCCGGACCAGAAGGUUCGAUUUCCGUUUCUCGAGAUUGAGUUCACAUCUCAGGCCAAGAACGGAACCCACUAUAUUGCAACAAACCAGGCCGCUGGUGCCGGAGCUAUCGCCUUGAACGGCAAUAUGGAUCUGACACAGCGCAGCUUUGGUAUGGACAAAUUCGAUUAUGAAGAGCCACAAUAUUUCUCUGUCACUAUGGACCACCAACUAGCAUGUAUUAAUGUACAUUGGCUGGGAGCUCCGGCUGAAGGAGGACAGCAUAGCUUCCACGUCGAAGGGUUAUCACAGCAUCUUCUGCGGGAUGAAAACGGCAUACGAGCAGUUUCUCGAGCGAUCAAGAACAUCCUUGACUGGGGUGUAGAUCCAUGGCUACGAGCACUAUGUGCGGCUCUAGAUGCGUACCGGGAGACGGUGGUCCGUAACAGGGAAGCGGCAAAUGCUUAG